UCUUGUUUGCCAGGAUUCAGUUGUCCCAUCUGAUCUCGUGAUGAAAUUCCCAAAUGUUCGGAGGUUGGUUUUGUCUAGUUCCCCGUUCAAAAACGACGAUGAAUUGUUAUGGGUCGAGUUUAUCUUUAGGAGUUUCCCAUUGUUGGAAACAUUGGAGUUAAAUUUGUGCAGCCCUAUGAUAAAUCAUGCAAAAGAUCGAGAUAAUGUUUUCGAGAAAUGCCCUAAUCGAUGCAUAACCAAGUUAGAGUUGAAUGGUUUCGUGGGUAAACAACACGAAGUUGUUUUGCUUAAGUAUCUAUUAGAGAAUCUACCCGGGCUUCGAGUAUUGGCCAUUGGUCCAUCUAAGAAGGUUUACAAUGGCUUCAAUAGUUUUGUUAACGAAGAAGCAAGCAUAUGGGGAAAAAGAUGGUUUCAAAUCCAUUCUAAUUGGCUUCGAUCUAUAGUUCCUUCUUUUGUACGUAUAAAGUUUCUAUAAUUCAUUCAAAGACUUUAAUCUAGAUCUGUAAUAAUAUGUUGGUGUUUUAAUAAUUUUUUCAUUUAACAAAUAGAGAAACCUUAAUUUGAAUUUUUAU